UGUCGACCGCGCGUCACACGUUGUUCGACCGACCAAGGGUUGUAUUUUUUUAUUAUUCUUUUUUUUAAACUAUUAUCGUUUUUACUAUUUAACUUGUUUUUUUUUGUGCUGUGUUUUUAUUUAAUUUUUAGUUUUUAAUCGACUAAGCAAAAUAUGAAGAACGUGGCGGUUUGUUUGUUUUUGGCCUCGCUGUCGUCGGUCAUGUGCGAAGAGACUUCAGAAAAACCCGCGACCGAAAACAAAAGCGCGGACGACAAGAAGGUCGGGAAACGCGGCCUGUGGGACUUCGGUUUCGGUUUCAACGAUCACCACGACCAGGGUUACGGUACGCUGGGCGGAUACGGGCUGGGCAGCGCCAUCGGUGGAUACUCCGGACACUUUCCGCACAUCCACAAGCAUCAUUAUCCCACUCAUAUCCACACGGCCACGACGAUUACCAAAAGCGUGCCGGUACCUCAGCCGUACCCCGUGACCGUCGAGAAGCACGUGCCCUAUCCCGUGGCCGCUCCGUAUCCGGUCGAAGUGCCCCGACCGUAUCCGGUGGCCGUUCCCAAACCGUAUCCAGUGACCGUCGAGAAACACAUACCCGUGCCCGUUGACCGACCUUAUCCCGUGCACGUACACCAUGCUUAUCCCUAUCCGGUGGUCAAGCACGUGGGCAUACCGGUGCCGCAUCCCUAUCCGGUCGAUGUGCACAAAUCAUCAUCGUUCCCGUCGUUCCCUUCUUUGCCCUUCCACAGACCGUUGUAUUCCGACCACGACUUGUGGUGAUAAAUUUGUUUGUUUUUUUUUUUGUAAGUAGACACCGCAAUAUUAUAUAUCUGGAUUUGGGGUCUAAGACGGUCUAUUCGAUUCCAAAAUAAUAUAUUGUUAUCCGCAAAACUCAGGAAACUGCUUAUUAAAAAAAAUUAACUAAAACUUAUUUUUAAACAUUUAAUUAUUGAAAUGUCGACAAAACGGAAUUAAAUGUUUAAAAAUUAUUUUUGGCCUAUGAUUUAACGUUUCAAAAAAAUAUCCCUACAUUUUGUACAAAACAUUCUAUAAACAAGAAGUCUUACUCGUCAUUUCCUCCUUAAAUGUUUCGACUAAAUAUUUUGUCAAUUGUUUUUUAACAUUUUAUUUGAAAGUAUUUUUUUAAUAAAAAUAAUUUCGUGUAAUCUUGUUGAUUUAAAUAAUUUAAAGCAUGUUGUAAUUUCCCAAAUGAUAAAAUUAUAUUUUUAUGUUUUACGUUCAUGUUUUUGGAUCAGUGGUCGACCCUUUAAGAUCAAAGUUAAUGAUUAAUUUAAUCAAUUUUUAGCCUUCUACUCACAAAUGACGGAUUUUCUCUCAGCGUUUUCUUAUAACACGGUUACCACCAGGUGUUUGACCGUGCAAGUUAAGUGUGUGACCUUGCCAUAUGUACCGGACACAACCGUCGCAUCUGAAUCGUAAACAAAUAUCGAGUACUUGUUUUCUCUAAGCCGGUACACAGACAAUAUUUUUUCUGUUUUUCCUACAGUAUCUACCUAUUCGUUGUUUAAAGUUUUCUUUUUUUUACAUUAUUUUUUCCUUUGUUAAAUGUAUGUUUUGUACCAUAUUAUGAUAGUUUUGUAUUAAUUCUAUAAUAAUAUAUUAUAAUAUGUUGAGAUAAUCAUAAAUCUGUAUUAUGUGUCUCGAGCGUCGGUUCAAAAUGUAAAACGGCUACUAGUCGUUAAUGCGAUAAAUAUAAUAAUGUAUAUUUAGAAGAUAAUAAACUAUUAUUAUAAUAAUAAAUGUAUCCAUUGUUAUUAAUUGUCGAUGCCUUUAUUAAAAAUAAACAAUUGAUUGAUCUUGUAAUAAGAAAA